AGUUUACCCUUCCUUUCCACUGUCACUGCCACUUCCAUCUUUUUACCACCCCCCUUUUUUUGUUGGUUCUUAUUUUAUUUUCUAUCUCCACUCUUUCUUCUCAUCAUCUAUUCGUCAUGAUCCCGAGAGGUCUAGCAGCGACCUUUCUAUGCUUUGUCCUCUGCACAAGUCUCGUCUCAGGCUUUUACCUACCAGGUGUUGCCCCUCACGACUAUGCUGAAGGAGACCCUGUAAAGGUUUUCGUGAAUUCAUUGACACCAAUGUCCAAUUCUCAACUUAAAUCCGUCAUUUCAUACGACUACUAUGAUCCCCGUUUCCACUUUUGCAGACCAGAAAAUGACUUAAUAGAAGUUCCCGAGAGUCUUGGAAGUGUACUCUUUGGUGACCGAAUCAUGGGAACAAGUUUCGAGCUGUUUAUGAAAAAGAACGAAACCUGCAAAUCACUGUGCAUCACUAAACCUAUCCCUAAGAAGGAUACUGCUUUCAUCAACCAGUGCAUUGCUGAGGAUUAUUCUCUCAACUGGUUCAUUGAUGGUCUUCCGGCUGCUCACCGCAAGCAGGACGAGCGCACUGACGAAGAAUACUGGAACAUUGGAUUCCAACUUGGAUCGGGUGGAAAGGAAUCACCGGUAUUGAACAACCACUACGAUAUCUAUAUCCAUUAUCAUGAGCGUACAACUCAGGCAAAUCGAGUUGUUGGUGUUGUUGUCGUCCCAUCGAGCAAAGACACCAAAUUGGAGGGUGGUAAACCUGUCUGUAAGAUCUCUAAUGAAGCCUUUAAAUUGAACCCUGAGGGUGGUUCGGAAGUGGUAUAUACCUACAGCGUGUAUUGGAUCCCCUCCGCCACUGCAUGGGCUACACGUUGGGACAAUUAUUUGCACAUACUUGAUCCUUCGAUCCACUGGUUCUCGCUUGUUAAUUCCAUUGUCAUUGUCCUUUUCUUGACUGGUAUGGUUGCAAUGAUCCUUAUCCGUGCCCUUCACAAGGAUAUUUCCCGUUACAACGCCGUCGAGGCUCAGGAAGAUGUCCAGGAAGAUUAUGGCUGGAAGCUUGUGCACGGUGAUGUUUUCCGUGCUCCAACACAUCCUAUGCUACUGUCUGUAUUUGUGGGUAGUGGUGCUCAAUUGAUGGUCAUGACUGCAUUGACUUUGAUGUUUGCUGUUCUUGGUUUCCUUUCACCUUCAAACCGUGGUGCUCUUGGAACUGUUAUGGUGAUAUUCUUUAUGGUCUGUGGCUGUAUCUCUGGAUACGUGUCUGCUCGUAUUUAUAAGAUGAACGGCGGUGAACAAUGGAAGCUGAAUGUGCUGCUGGCGGCUACCUUGUUUCCUAGUAUGCUCUUGGUCUCUUUGUUUGUUCUCAACUUUGUCUUCAUCGGCUUACAAUCCUCGGGUGCUGUUCCCUUUGGUACAAUCAUGGUUGUUCUCGGGAUGUUUGGCUUGAUCUACAUCCCUCUCAGUGUUGCUGGAUCUUACCUUGGUUUCCGUAAACCUCGUAUUGAACAUCCCGUCCGUACUAACCAGAUUCCUCGCCAGAUUCCUGAUCAGCCUCUCUAUCUUCGCAGUGUGCCCUCAAUUAUGAUGGGCGGUAUCUUGCCCUUUGGAGCCAUCUUCAUUGAGCUCUAUUUUAUUAUGAACAGCAUCUGGUUCCAUCGUAUUUACUACGGAAUUGGCUUCCUGUUCUUGGUAUUCAUUGUCCUCAUCCUGACAUGCUCCCAGGUUACUAUUCUGAUGUGCUACUUCCAUCUCUGUAACGAGGACUAUCACUGGUCCUGGAGAGCAUUCUUAACCUCGGGUGCAGCUGGAUUGUACGUCUUUUUGUACGCUGUGCUUUAUUAUUUUACCAAGCUUGAGUUCCGCACAUUCACAAGUUCGGUGCUCUAUUUUGGAUAUUCCUCUAUCAUCAGUGUCAUGCUCGGUAUCAUGACAGGAACAAUUGGUUACCUUGCCUGCUUGGUAUUCUUGCAGAGAAUCUUUGCAAGCAUCAAGGUGGAUUAGACAUACACUUUUUGCUUGAAUUGAAACAAUACCAUAAUAGUAAUAAAAGAAAUAAUAAAAAUAAUAUAUAUAUAUAUAUCAAAGC